GCCGCCGCGCUGAUUGGCUGGUACUGGCGGAGCGGAGCCCCUUGACUUGGGCUCUGAUUGGUCCCCUGGCCCUGCCGACGACGGUGACGUGGGGUGGGAUCUCGGCCCAAGCGCGCGGUGCGCCGCCUUGCGAGGCUCCUCCUGGGGUGGCAGCAGCCGGGUCUCCCUUUAGCCGGUCCUUGGUCCGCGAGCCCUGCGGCUCCGGUAGGCAUCGGUCAGCCACCGGGGCUCUGGGUCCGUCGUGGGGCACCCCUUCGAAAGCGUGGGCCUCGUAGAUCCAGGGUAGGCGCGGGCGCGAUGGGCCCGUCUCCUAGGUAACGCCGCUUGCGGUGGACGGAACCACGUUGGCUGGCGCUGCGGGGGAGGCUGGACACGACUUCGAGUCGCGAGGGCAGUAGAGCGGGCCGGGUUCUCGUGUUAGGGAUACAUUCCAUGAGGGCAGGGAGCUCGUCUGCUGUGGUCAGCGUGGUUUCUCCAGGUCCUGGCAUGUGGUGAUCCUGGAGGCCCAAGUGACCCUCAGAUUGGCAGAAUGCAUGACUGGCAGAGGGUUUUUGAUGAAAACGUGCUGGUCCCUCCCCACCCGCAGAGAGCACGCCAACCUUUAAAGGAAUCGACGGCGUUUCAGUGUGUCCUGAAGAGGCUGGAUGGGCCACUCAUUAGGCAGGGCGUGCUGGAAGUGCUCUCGGAGGUGGGGUGCCAUCUUCGUGUCUCUCUCUUUGAUGUCACCUACCGUCACUUCUUCGGGAGGACGUGGAAGACCAUGGUGAGGCCCGUGGAGCCUCUCCCGAGGCAGCCGUCUAGGAUCAUCUUUAAUGAGCCCGUGUAUUUUCACACCUCCUUAACCCACCCUACCAUCGUGGCUGUGGUGGAAGUGGUCGCUGAAGGAAGGAAAAGGGAUGGGACCCUCCAAACCUUGUCCUGUGGGUUUGGAAUUCUUCGGAUCUUCAGCAACAAACCGGACUCUCCCACCUCCACCUCUGCCUCCGAGGACAAACGGCUGCGACUGUACCACGGCACCCCCAGAGCCCUGCUGCACCCACUGCUUCAGGACCCCAUCGAACAAAACAAGCACAUGACCCUCAUUGAGAGCUGCAGCCUGCAGUUCAGCCUGAGGCCACACCCGCUCCUGGAGCCAGCCUUCCACCUCCUGCCUGAGAACCUUCUGGUGUCUGGUUUGCAGCAUAUACCUGGCCUCCUUCCAGCUCAUGGAGAAAUGGGUGACGCCCUCCGAAAGCCCCGACUUCAGAAGGCGGUCACGUGGUACUUGGACGAUGUAUUCUUCACGCUGUAUCCUUCCCUGGAGAAAUUUGAGGAAGAGCUUCUGGAACUCCUUAUCAGCGAUCGCUUCCGGGAGGCGGACAGCCCGCUGGACGCCGGCACCCUGGAGGUCCUGGAGCGGCGUCUGCAUGUGGGCGUGCACAAUGGUCUGGGCUUCGUGCAGAGGCCGCAGGUCGUGGUGCUGGUGCCCGAGAUGGAGGUGGCCUUGUCGCGCUCCGCCAGCUUCAGCAGGAAAGUCGGCUCCUCCUCGAAGGCCAGCUCCGGAAGCCAGGCUCUUGUUCUGAGAAGCCGCCUCCGACUCCCCGAGAUGGUCCGUCACCCCGCAUUCGCCAUCGUCUUCCAGCUGGAGUACGUGUUUAACAGCCCUUCCGCCGUGGACGGCAACGCAGCUCCCGUUCCCUCCUCGUCCAGCCUGGCGUGUAUGCACAUGGUUCGCUGGGCUGUUUGGAACCCCUCGCUGGAAGCCAGCUCCGGGAAGGUGAUGUUACCUCUGCAGGGUGGGAUCCGGCCCAACCCCUCACACUGUCUGGUCUAUAAGGUACCCCCAGCCAGCAUGAGCUCCAAAGAGGUGAAGCAGGUGGAGUCGGGGACAGUCCAGUUCCAGUACUCAUUGAGCCCCGAAGGGCACCUGGACACACCCACAGGGCACGGCAGCAGCCCCAAGGCAGAGCGGCGGCCCUCCAGGAAGCCACCCACGUCUCCUUCAAGACCGCCAGUGCCACCUCCCCAGGGGCUUGUCGCCCCCCAGGACUCGCCUGUGGGACCAGGGUUGUCACUUUCCCAGCUGGCAGCUUCUCCACGGUCCCCAACUCGGCGCCGCUCUGCCAAACUGGCUUCACAGCAGCCCGAAGCCUCUGAACCCUCCUGGACCCAGGUGCAGGAGUUCCCCUUGGAGGGCAGGAUCGCUCACCUGGAAGCGGACCUGAGCCGGACGUCCUCGGCCCCGGGAACAUCCGUCGCUGAAAGGUUGCAGGAGCUGCCUUUCACACCUGUGCAUGCGCCGAUCGUCGCGGGAGCCCAGACCAGGAGCUCUGGAAGUCAGCUCUCGCGAGCCUCCAUGGUGCUCCUGCAGUCCUCCGGCUUUCCGGAGAUUCUGGAUGCCAAUAAGCGACCAGUUGAGGCUGUAAAUCCUACAGAUCCUGUGAAAUUCAACCCUCAGAAAGAAGAAUCAGAUUGCCUACAAAGCAAUGAAAUAGUGCUACAGUUUCUUGCCUUUAGCAGGCUGCCCCAGGACCGCCAGGGAGUGCCGUGGCCCCAGACUGUGUAUUUCACCUUCCAGUUCUACCGCUUCCCUCCCACGACAACACCGCGGCUGCAGCUGGUCAAGCUGGGCGAGCCUGGGAGGACCAGCUCUGGCCCCGUGUCCCACAGCCUCGUUCUGAUCGAUAAGGAUGGCAGCUUUGAUGCUGGCUCUCCCGGCUUCCAGCUGAGGUUCCUGGUAGACCCCGGGUUCCUGAAGCCCGGCGAGCGGCGCUGGUUCAGCUGCUACCUGGCUGUGCACAGCCUGCAGGUUGACGUCUGGGACGGGGACUCCUUGCUUCUCAUCGGAUCUGCCGCCGUUCAGAUGAAGCACCUCCUCCGCCAGGGGCGGCCGGCUGUGCAGGUCUCGCACGAGCUCGAGGUUGUGGCGACCGAAUAUGAGCAGGAUGCAAUGGUGGUGAGUGGAGACGUGACUGGAUUUGGCAGCGUCAAGCCCAUCGGCGUCCACAUGUUGGUGAAGGGCUGGCUGCACCUGACCUUGGCCAACAUAGGUCACUCGUGUGAACAGAGAGUGAGAGAUUCCAGGUCGUUGCCACCGUCCAGGUCACGAGUCAUCUCGAAUGACGGAGCCAGCCGCUUCGAGGGAGGCAGCCUCCUCACGCGUGGGGGCCUGAGACGUGAGUGGUUCUGUGCGCCUGAGGUGCAGACGGCUUCGCUGGGUGCUUGUGUCCUGGACCCUCGGCCGCUGGGACAGCAGGUCUUGUUCCGGGCCAGUGGCGGCAAGCCCCUCGCCGUGCUGCGCCUGACGGUGGAGCCUCAGCCGCACGUGGUGGACCAGGUCUUCCGCUUCUAUCACCCAGAGCUCACCUUCCUGAAGAAGGCCAUCCGCCUGCCUCCCUGGCACACGCUGCCAGGUGCUCCCGUGGCAAUGCCUGGCGAGGCCCCCCCAGUCUACGUCCGCUGUAGUGACCCGAACGUUAUCUGUGAGACCCAGAACGUGGGCCCCGGGGAGCCACGGGACGUGUUCCUGAAGGUGGCCAGUGGUCGCAGCCCGGAGAUCAAAGACUUCUUUGUCACCAUUUACGCGGAUCGCUGGCUGGCAGCACCCAUCCAGAUAUGGCAGGUCCACCUCCACUCCCUGCAGCGUGUGGACAUCUCCUGUGUCACUGGCCAGCGGAGCCACCUGUCCCUUGUCCUUCGGGGGACACAGACACUUAGGAAAGUGAAAGCUUUCACCUCACACCCCCAGGAGCUGACGACGGACCCCAAAGGUGUGUUCGUGCUGCCACCCCACGGGGUGCAGGACCUGCACGUGGGCGUGAGGCCCCUCAGGGCGGGCAGCCGCUUUGUCCACCUCAAUGUGGUCGACGUGGACUGCCACCAGCUGGUGGCCUCGUGGCUCGUGUGCCUCUCCUGCCGUCCGCCUCUCAUUUCCAAGGCCUUUGAGAUCACGCUGGCUGCCGGGGACGGGAAGGGCGCCAACAAGCGCAUCACCUACACCAACCCCUACCCCUCCCGGAGGGCCUACCACCUACACAGCGACCACCCUGACCUGCUGCAGUUCAAGGAGGACACCUUCCAGGUCGGGGGAGGAGAGACCUACACCAUCGGCCUGCGGUUUGCGCCCAGUCAGAGAGCUGGGGAGGAGGAGGUCCUGAUCUACAUCAACGACCACGAAGACAAAAAUGAGGAGACGUUCUGCGUGAAGGUCAUCUACCAGUGAAGGAGCGACCUCGAGGGGCGGCCCUGCAGCCUGGCCGAGGCGGGAGGACGUCACCUCAGCCCAACCCGCCAGGGCCCCAGUCCAGCCGAGCGGCUGCCCAGGGGUCCUCAGGCUGUCGAGCUCUGUUGCACACGAGAGACUCACUCUCUGUGAUGUUUGGAUUUGCUUUUAGCAAAAUGUUUUUUAUGAAUCAUCUUAAAUGAUAGAAUUAUGUUUUUUUUACUGGAUUUUGUACAACCAUUUGCUAUGCAACAUUUUAUAUUGGUUUUAUCUUGUAUCUUUUUUAAAAUUAUGUAUGAAACACUAA